CUUCAAAAAAGAGUUUUCUUCUUUGAGUUUAUUGAUGGUCACCUGUUGGGUUGGCGCUUGUGCUGGAAUAUAAAACAAACAAGUAAUCUAUCAAACAUAAUUUAGAAUGGUGUUAGACACAUGAAACACACAUUGUUUAAAAACUAUAAAGUUUACUUAAAUUGUUUCCGAGUUUAACAGCAACUCACUUUCAUGUCUUUUGGGAGUAAGGGUGAUUUUUUUUUAAAAAAUCUGAUAGCCUGUUAUUAUAAUCUAAAUCUAAAAUUAGGCUAUAAAUAUGUUUAAACAUUAUAUGUGAAAAUCGCAAAAAUGUGUGUGUGUGUGUCUGUUUAACAAGAUUAAGCUUUUUUUAAUUAAGAGGGGGGAAAAAAACACAAUUAGCCAUUAACAUUAAAAAGUGUCUGGUGCCAACCUUUAUGCAUCUCUACGCAAAUAACGUUAAACAAAUAAAAUAAAAUAAAAUCCACCAGGAUUCAGUUAAGAUACCUGGCGAGAAAGGAAAAUGAAGUGUUUGAUAAUGUUUGGCCUUGAACUUACUUUACAUAACGUUAGCUAGCUAGCUAGUUUGCUUGCAAACAAAUUGUCAACGGCUGCUUAUAACCAAAAAGAUUAUUCAACUCAAUCUCAACUCUGGCCCUUGAAAUCCACUUUCAGCCUUAAUUAAACACACCUGAACAAGCUAAUCAAGGUCCCCAGGAUUGCUAGAAAGAUAUGGUGAGACUGACCAAAGUUUGAGCUAAACUCUGCAGUAAAGUGGAUUUCGAGGGCCACAGUCGUGAACACUGGACACGAUACUAACAUAAAAAAACAAAAACAUAAAUGACACAAUACAUUACCGGCUUCUUCCUUGUCAUCCUCAAUUAGUCGAUGAGGUGCAUUUCUCUUGCGGACAGUUUUGCGCUCUCCCUCCGCCGCCAUGCUGUCUUCUGAUUGUGAACUAUCGCAUUCGCUAACUCCAAUAUGGCGACGCGUCAACGCAACGUUGCAGAAACAUCCAUCUCUGCACGUGAAUUCUACUGCUGGAAACGAUUCUUCGAGUAUAUUGUCCCAAUACGAUAUGUAGUUGACCGUAGGCAUUAUUCCACUCAGUUUUAAGUCUUCCAAAACUUUAAUUAUGUUCUUUAUUUUAAUAUUUUCUCCUUUAAAUGGAACCAGUGUCAUCUUGUAACGUUUAGAUUUUAUUUGAUUCAUUUGAUCAUUUGAGUCGGAUCCGAUUCUAUGAACCAGGAUAAUAGUAAAACAACUUGAUUAAAAUAUGAGGAAGUAAAUGUUUAACUUGGAUACAAAAUACAAAUUACUAUUUUUAAGUGUGUAAGUGAAUUUUAAUAAAUCAGUAAAAUGUUUACAUAUUGAAAAAUAAGGACAUAAACAUUAACAUAGAAUCUGCUUUUAUUUUAUUUUAAAUUAAAAUAUUUCCUGAAAACUGAAAAGAAAGAAAAAAGAAAGAAAGAAAAGAAAAACUUUAAAAUAAUUAAUUUAGGCAGUACUUCCGGAGUCAUGACCGUGAAAAAGGCGCUAUACCAACGUCUGUGAAAUCCGUGCAUUUUCAAGUUGAUAGUAGAUGGUAACAAUUGCCUGCAAUUAUGGGACUUGAGAAGAAAAUUCUCUCCCUCUGUAAUCACAGGGAUAGAAAAGGGACGAAAAAAAUGAUCGAUUUUUUACAAAAACAUAAUCUAAUUAAGUCAAGAAUGACGUGUAACCUCUGUAAGGAAUCGAUGAAUCUACAAAAGACACAUACACGGGAUGGAUAUCAGUGGGUAUGCCGCAGAAGAUCACAUACUAGGAAAUUUACAAAGAACUGCAGAGCUGGAUCGAUAUUCGAAAAGAGCAGGACCACCUUACACAGCUGGAUGACUUUUAUUUACCGUCUUGUUAACAGAUAUUGUCAAGGACUGAGAUUACGUCAGGUGGAUAUGAUCCAGGACGGCAUAGCCGGAAGCUCAGCAACACUGAGCAAAAUGACAAAGAAGCUAAGAAUGGUCUGUAAAAAAGCUUUGAGAAAGUACAAGAGAAAGACAGGACAGUUUGUGGGGGGCAGGACAGAGUUUGUCAUUAUUGAUGAAAGCAACUUCCGUCACAAAAGAAAGUAUGGACGAGGAAGAGUUGGCGAAACAUGGAGAAGAAAAAGUGGGUCUUUGGUAUCUUGGCCAUUAAGGGUGAUCGAAGACGACCAAUUUUAUGCUUGUUGA